AUGGCGCCUAAAAAGAAGAAGUCCGGCCCUUCGGCCCAUCCGUCCUCCUCGAUGGCUCUGCUGCCCGCAGCCUCUAGUGCCUCGGAGGAUGCGGGGGCGAGCGAGGACGUGAACGCUGCUGGGGCCAUGAUUGGAGCAGGUGGCGCCAUCGCCACUCCCCUCGCGGCCGACACGGGGGCUGGAGAUGUCGGAGGAGAACAACAUCGGCAAUGUCUUGGCGGCCACGCUCCACAAGGUGCGGGCGAGGGGGUCACUCCGUCUGCACCCUCUCCUCCCACUGACGGGAACAGCCGCAACAACGGCGCUCGGUCCGGGGUGAGCCAUCGCCCUCCAACCGCCCCCACCGUGGGAGUGACCGCGGCCCAUGUGCCUCCUCCCGGACGAGUUGACCAGAACGCUGCGCUCGACGGAGCCGCUGACCCUCGAGCACCACCAUCGCGCGACCCUGCUGCCCAGGUGGCCAUCCCACAGCUGGAUGGAUGCGACACUACCACCGUCGCCGCCGCUGGCACCAUCAGGAGCCAGGCGACGGUGCGGUCGACGUCAUCAAAAUCUAUGCCAAGCACAACCACAGAUGCUAUGGCAUGA